AUGGCAGGCUUCCUCCUUUCCGGAUCGCUUUCUCCUACUUCACACUGCGACCCCAGCAACAAUCUGUUUUCCGUCCAUAAACACGCUGUGUUUGGGACCACGGAGGAGAAGCUGAUCGUGUACCCCCUGCGUCCAGGCAGCUCCCGCAGGAAGAAGGAGGCAGGCAGGCAGGAGCCAGCGCCUCCAGCCAGGCCCACCUCAGCACUCCCAUCCUCUGAAGCCUGCAAGAGAGCGCUGCAGGGGGUCUGGGAGCUGUCUGAGCAGUGGGACGAGGCGGAGCACCUACGGUCCAGCUACAGGGACCGGGUACAGAAAGCACAGGCAGAAUGGGCCGCGUGGGAAGCCUGGUCGGCGGGGGAGCACCCGCAGCCGCCCAAGGAGCUCGGCACUAGCGGCCUGUGGGCUCCCCACCCUCCAGCCCAGCCCAGGAGCAAGGAGGACAAGAAGAGGCGGAGGAAGGCUGAAAACCCUCUCCCAGAAGAGGAGAAGGCAUCGGCAGCCCAGCUGAAAAGGCUCCAGCCUGACAACCUUUCCCCACGAGCUGCCCAGGUCCUGAAAAGGCUGGAGCCGCAUCAGGCACGGCAGGACAUAUUCAAGCGUGUGGCUGAGAUCAACAGGCGGAAGCUGGAGCAGCAGAGGCAGCUCCCCUGCGCUCGAUGCUCGUCCUGCAACAGAGGGGAAGGUGCCAGGAGCAGCGGCUGCGGCAGCGGAGCUGCGAGCAAAGGGGCUGGGAGGCUUCCCAGCUGCCAAAAUCCACCUAAAAAUGCAAAAUAA